UCAGUAACGAUCACGGUCAACAACAGCAGCAUUGAGAAUGGCUCAGGAAACCAAAACCCAAAAACAACAACAGCAGCCGCAACAAAAAUCCACCGGAGAUGAGAUCACCAUGGCACCAGGUGAUGAAGAGGAAAUUGAAGAAAUCGAAAUACCUCAAAAUAAAACGUUGAAGGAUAAACUGCAAAUGAUUUGCGAGAAAUUCGCUGCAACUGGUAUGGGUCAGGCGAUAUUGGAGCGCGGUGAUCGUGUGCUAAAAGUUUUGGAAGAAACCUCCAAAUGGAGUUUGCCACAGGAUGACACUGAUACCAAAUUGGAACGACCCCUGCCAUGGAUAUUCUUUAUACCGCUGAUUGUGUGGUUGCGUGUCAUUCGCAUGUGGCUCUCCUUUGGCUGUAUAAUGUUGGGUGGUUCCCCCAUGACGGCAGAGAAAAUGGUCUAUAAUAUACAAAUUAAACGUCGUCGACUCCGUGCCAUACGUGUACCAGCUUUAAGAGCUGCCCGUCGCCUUGAAUCAGAUCAGAGUGCCAUGACAAUGUCUGGUAAAAAUCAAACUUUUAUUGGCAAGAUACGCUCAUUGUUUGGCAGUGCUGUUUGUAAACCGGGCCAGCGUCAUGAUGCUCCGCAGAGACGUGCUUUUGGCACUGGGAAUAUUUCAAAAGUAACGGAAGAAAUGUCGGGAGAACGUUCCGUUAAGCGACCACGUGAUGAUGACAAUGCCGAUCUUAAUAUGACCGUUGAUCAAAUGCUUGAAAAAUAUGCCAAUGAAGAUUCUGAAGAUGAUUCCGAUUAUGUGCCAAAUGAAGAAGAAGACAGUUCAUCAUCGUCAUCAAGUGAAAGUAUUUCCAGUGCUGAAGCUGCAGAUUUAUCCAAAUCUGAGAAAUCUGAAAUGACUUCCGCACUAGAUCACAGUGUGGUGGAGGUCAAAGAAAACGGUGGUCCCAAACAUAGGCCAAUGCCUAAACCGAUUGCCGAUAUCAAACUGGAACCCAUAUCAGAUGCUGAUAGUGGCAGUGAAGUGGCAAAGACACCGAAACCCGAUAGUGGAUCACAGACCAAAAGCACAACAGAAGUCGGUAAUGGUUUUUAG